AUGCAGCAACUGCAGGCGCAUCAGGCAAGUCAGAUGCAGAUGCAGCAAAUGCAGGCGCAUCAGGCAAGUCAGAUGCAGAUGCAGCAAAUGCAGGCGCAUCAGGCAAAUCAAUUGCAGAUGCAGCAACAGCAGGCGCAUCAGGCAAGUCAGAUGCAGAUGCAGCAAAUGCAGGCGCAUCAGGCAAGUCAGAUGCAGCAACAGCAGGCGCAACCGCAAGGGCAGCAAGGGCCGCAAGGGCAGGGGACGCCAGGCGACUGGUGGGGCUGGCCGGCGAACCAGGCCGAAUGGAGUGGUCCGUGCCAGUGGCCGGGUGCCGGCGCGCCGGCGCCGGCUUCGGCGCCAGUGCCCACGCCCCCUCGGCCGCCCGCCCCGCCAACCCCGCCCCGACCCCCCAUUGGCGCCAACGCCAACGCCAUGGGCAACCCCGGUGCCAACUCCGGCGUGGCCUGGGAUGGAUCCAAUUGGGGCGGCAAGGGCCAGGCUGCCUGGCCUGAAUGGGAGGCUGAGGCUUGGCCCGAGGCAAGCGACGCCGGCGGCACCGCUGCCUGGGAGGCAGCAUGGCCCCAACAAAGCAGCGCAGGCGAAGACUGGGCUGGCGGCUGGAAGGGUGGAUGGUGA